AGCUCCAGGUGCUGCUUGCGUUGCCAUGGAGAUGGGCCCCAGGGUUGGUGGUGAGAAGACAGUCUCCCAAAGCUUUGUGGAUUCAGGAGAGGGAAAGACUGGAGCCUCAGGCCUUUCUGGGUAGUCUGCUGACCACUUUCCCACCCAGGAAGCCCAGGCCUCCUGGCCUCUGGUCUGAGGAUGGCCGAGAAGCUGCAGGACUGGGAGCCUGAAUGCCCUGUCUGCUGGAACCCCUUCAACAACACGUUCCACACCCCCAAAGUGUUGGACUGCUGCCACUCCUUCUGCGUGGAAUGCCUGGCCCACCUCAGCCUGGUGGCCCCAGCCCGGCGCCGGCUGCUGUGCCCCCUCUGUCGCCAGCCCACUGUGCUGGCCUCCGGGCAGCCUGUCACUGACUUGCCCACAGAUACGGCCAUGCUCUCCCUGCUCCGCCUGGAGCCCCACCACGUCAUCCUGGAAGGCCAUCAGCUCUGUCUCAAGGACCAACCCAAGAGCCGCUACUUCCUGCGCCAGCCCCGAGUCUACACGCUGGACGUAGGCCCCGAGCCUGGGAGCCAGACUGACACCCGCCAGGCCACGGCCCCCGCCAGCACGCCUCUGCCCACCCCCAUCUCCAGCCACUACUCUCUGAGGGACUGUUUCCGUAACCCUGAGUUCCGGAUGUUUGCCUACCUGAUGGCUGUCAUCCUCAGCGUCACUCUGUUGCUCAUCUUCUCCAUCUUUUGGACCAAGCAGUUCUUUUGGGGUGUGGGGUGAGCAUCUGUUCUGGACAAGGAACAAAGACUCUCAGCUGCUGCUGGGCACGGGGCAUGCAGAGCCUCGUGGGGUCGUCUUCCUUUGUAGUAUUGUUCAUUUUUACAAUCUAUGGGUUAGGCCACGUGCUUGCUUCUGAGAAACAGAUCCUACUAGAAUGAGAAGCUCUGAAAGUGAAAGGGUUGGGAAAAGAUGUGGAGACCUCUGGUGUGAACCACAGGGUCAUGGAAGGUAGAGA